GAAACUAAGCAUAUGGAAAAAGUAUAUAAGUACGCAUUUAUAUAUUAAAAUGCUGAAUACCAUCAAGGGAAAUACACUCAGUCAUGGCUGAGAGUGGAGUGUGAAGCAGGAAAUAAAACACAAGUACACCAGAGCAAAGCGAUGACAAAGUCAAGUGAGGACAUCGCAGAAGUCAUGAGGGGGAAACAGCGACACCCAACGGUCAGAUGCGGUAGUGUUUUAUGCUUUGGGGAUUGGUCAGUGGCUGUUUACGGAAACACAUUUUGUGCGUCAACACGUGUGCAGGCUUGUUGCUUUUGUUACGUGCAGCUCUGCAGGCGCGGAGUUAGGAGGAAGAAGAAAUAUGGAGAGGAUUUGCCAUGCCUAAUCCGAGAAAUAUUCUCGAUUUCGGAUCUACUGGGCGAUGAGGGCAUUUUUUUUUCUGUUUCCACAAUGGAGAAGAAGUAGGAGCGCUCGAUUUGUUUGACGGUUUGAGGCUGGAAAGUUAAGCCGUGUGCUGCAAGACUUAUCGGGACAAGAGCCGCGGAGGUGCGUUUUGACAGAUUUGACAGAUGAAGUAGUAGACUGAGGCGAGGAAGCAACAUGAUUUUGAGGAAAAUACAACCAGGAGCUAGCAGAGGAGUUUGGCUGUCUCGGGUGGCCCUGAGACAGGAGCUGUUUUUUUCCUCGGCCGUGCCCCACCAGCCGGUGCCCCCUCUGGCCCAGACCCUGCAGGGCUACCUGUUGGCCCUGGAGCCCCUGCUGCCCCCCGAGGAGCUCAGCCACACCCGCAGGAUGGUGCAGCAGUUCGGCAAGCCGGGCGGCCUGGGACAGAGCCUGCAGAAGGGCCUGGAGAAGAGAGCCUGGCACACCAAGAACUGGAUCACAGACUGGUGGGUGCAGUGGGCGUACCUGGAGAGCAGGCAGCCGCUACCUGUGCAUUCAAGCCCGGCCAUCUCCCUUCCAAAGAGGGACUACUCUGACUGGAGGGGCCAGCUGGUGUUUGCUUCCAAACUGAUAGCUGCAGUGCUGGAUUUCAAAGCCAAGAUCAAUACCGGCCAGCUGCCAGUCGAGUACAUGCGAGGCAAGCCUCUGUGCAUGGAGCUCUUCCCCCUGCUCUUCUCCUCCUGCAGGAUCCCGGGUCCUAAACACGACUACAUCACCCACCACGGCCGCUCGCGACGCUCGCCCACACACAUCACCGUGGUCAGGAACUACCAGUUCUUCCAGCUGGAGGUGUACAACAGCGACGGCUCCCGGAUGACGGAGAGCCAGAUUCACGGCCAGCUGCUGAGGAUCCGGUCUCAGUCCUGGAAGACGGACAAAGAGCCCAUGGGCAUCCUGACCAGCGAGCACCGCCACACCUGGGGCGAGGCGUACAACCGCCUGCUGAGAGAUAAACUAAAUAAGGAGUCAGUGCAGGCGAUUGAAAAAGGACUUUUCAGCGUGUGUCUGGAUUCUCCAGUCAUGAGGAUAUCAGAUGAAAAGUAUGCCAGUCGCAUGGCAGCUCAGGUUCUGCAUGGGGGCGGGACCUUCUCCAACAGUGGCAACCGCUGGUUUGACAAAACACUGCAGUUUGUGGUGGGCGAGGACGGCUCGUGGGGGCUUCUGUAUGAACAAGCCACUGCUGAGGGUCCACCGAUAGCAACGCUGCUGGAUCACAUUCUGGAGUAUUGCAAGAAACCAGACCCUAAGAGAGCCCCGCUGGUCCCACUGCCGAUGCCAAAGAAGCUCUACUUUCACAUCGACCGAGAAAUCAAGAGGGACAUCGAGAACGCCAAGCAAAACCUUGAUAUCCUGAUCAACGACCUCGACGUGAACGUGUUCAACUUCAGGAAGUUUGGCAAGGAGCUGCCCAAGCAGCACAGCAUGAGCCCCAACUCCUUCAUCCAGGUGGCCCUGCAGCUGGCGUACUACAGAGUUCACAACGAGGUGUGCCCCUCAUGUGACAUCGCCUCCCAGAGGAUGUUCAGAGGAGGACGGACAGAGUUCAUCCGCUCGCCAACAAAUCAAACGCUCAAAUUCCUACUUGCCUUCGAUGAUCCGUCCAUCUCGAGGGAAGCAAAGCUGCAGCUUUUCCGCGAGGCUGUUGAGGCUUACAGCGCUCUGACUGAGCAGGCGCUCAGAGGUCAGGCCAUUGACCGACACCUGCUGGGCCUCAAGCUGCAGGCCAUCUCCGAGGGACUGAGCAUUCCCAAAAUCUUCAUGGAUACAGCUUACGGCCUGGCAACACAUUGGAAACUCAGAACUGGGCAGGUGCCAGCCAACACCGACAGUGUGAUGUGUUUCGGACCCCUCGUUCCCGACGGCUACGCCAUAUGCUACAACCCCCAGGCCGACCACGUCCACUUCUCCAUCACCGCCUUCAACUGCUGUGAGGAGACCCACGCAGAAACGCUGGCCCUCACCCUGAAGAACACCCUGUGUGAGCUUCAAGAACUGCUGCAGCCUACUGUGUAGAGCUGCGUCGCGUUAAGCAGGAUCACCCGACUCGUCAGCAUCAAGAGGAGAGACGGUGCUCUUUGCAGGAGAUUAAAAAAAAAACAUUUUAUUUUCUUAAACCAACACUUUGUCGCUGUAGAGGUCUCGAUGAGGCUCAUCUUUGUCAUAAAUGUGUCCAGAUGCAUACCGGACCGUGACGCGACACCAGAGCACUGUGGUGCUGAGAGAAGUUUUAUCACGACUGAACUCAAAGGAGCAGGCUUAAAGGUGCUGUUGCUUUUGCUAAGGAAUAAACCCCCUUUCUGUAUUCUAGCACGAGCUAAGCAAGUUGCAUUUUGUUAACGUUAUGUUAUCCUUUGGUGAGAGCAAAACAAAGACAAUAUUGUGUUAAAGCUUUGCCCGACACUCCAGCAUUAAUCAGAUGAAGCCAAGCUUAUCUACGGAUAAAUUUACUGCACUCCUUUUACAAGCCAUUAAAUGACUCGUAUGUGAUACCCUCUGCAAAUAUUAAAUGUGUUUCAUGCGUUGCACUGCCAGCAGAGUCGCUAGAAUUGAACCUGUUGAUUGUGUGGGAUGGUAAGUCUGUGUUUGAAAAGGACCAAAUGCUCACCAGCUGGUUGGUAAUGGUAAAGGUACAAAGAAAUGACAGAUGGUUUUGUCUGUGAGCUCGUCUUACUGGGCUCGAACGACCGGAUCAACAGGAUCUGCUGCAUCACUGUAUUUCAAAAAUAAAUGUUAACCGGCUGUUUUUCCCACCGAGGGACAUUCUGUUCUGCACGUGUUGGCAGGACUCGUCAAUAAAGCCCGUUUAUCACAUGAUA